ACAAAGUUUGAAACUCCCAAAACCUUUGUUGACGAUCGACGAAACCGCCAAAAUCCAAAACCAAAGAAGUAACAACAAUGGCGCCUCUGAGUCCAUCUGCUCCUGAUCGUUCUCAGCCCUCUUCGUCUUCGGACCCGAAAAGCAACAAGAAAGAUUUUUCGACUGCUAUUUUGGAACGAAAGAAGUCUCCUAAUCGACUUGUUGUCGAUGAAGCUGUCAAUGAUGAUAAUUCUGUGAUUUCCUUGCACCCUGCUGCAAUGGAGAAGCUUCAGUUUUUCCGUGGAGACACUGUUUUAAUUAAGGGCAAGAAAAGGAGAGACACAAUUUGCAUUAUUAUUGCCGAUGAUGAAUGCGAGGAACCGAAAAUCAGAAUGAACAAAGUUGUGAGAGCUAAUCUUAGGGUUCGCCUUGGAGAUGUUGUGUCUGUUCAUCCCUGCCCUUAUGUCAAGUAUGGAAAGAAGGUUCACAUCCUUCCAAUCGAUGAUACAAUUGAAGGAGUGACAGGAAGCUUAUUCGAUGCAUAUUUGAAGCCAUACUUCGUUGAUUCUUACCGGCCUACGAGGAAGGGUGAUCUUUUCCUGGUUCGGGGCAUGAUGCGAAGCGUUGAGUUCAAGGUCAUGGAGACAGACCCUGCUGAGUAUUGCAUUGUUGCACCGGAUACUGAGAUUUUCUGUGAGGGAGAGCCUGUCAAACGUGAGGACGAGGAAAGACUAGAGGAUGUGGGAUAUGAUGAUGUUGGAGGUGUUAGAAAGCAAAUGGCCCAGAUACGGGAGUUAGUAGAACUGCCUCUUAGACAUCCGCAGCUCUUCAAAUCGAUUGGAGUUAAACCCCCGAAGGGCAUUUUACUCUAUGGGCCACCCGGGACUGGAAAAACUUUGAUUGCAAGGGCUGUAGCGAAUGAGACUGGAGUGUUCUUUGUUUUGAUCAAUGGACCUGAAAUAAUGUCCAAGAUGGCAGGUGAAAGUGAAAGCAACUUGAGGAAGGUGUUUGAGGAAGCCGAAAAGAAUGCACCCUCAAUCAUUUUUAUUGAUGAGAUAGAUUCUAUUGCUCCAAAGAGAGAAAAGACCCACGGUGAAGUGGAAAGGCGUAUAGUUUCCCAGCUCCUGACUUUAAUGGACGGCCUUAAGUCCCGUGCGCAUGUCAUUGUCAUGGGAGCAACGAAUAGGCCAAACAGCAUCGACCCUGCUCUGAGGAGAUUUGGAAGAUUCGAUAGAGAGAUUGACAUUGGCGUGCCGGAUGAAGUUGGAAGAUUGGAAGUUUUACGAAUCCAUACAAAGAGGAUGAAACUUGCAGAUGAUGUUGAUCUCGAAAGAGUUGCAAAAGAUACCCAUGGUUUUGUUGGUGCAGAUCUUGCUGCUCUCUGCACAGAGGCCGCACUUCAGUGCAUCCGCGAAAAAAUGGAUGUUAUUGAUUUGGAAGACGAAACGAUUGAUGCUGAGGUGUUGAAUUCGAUGGCUGUGACGAAUGAACACUUUCAGACCUCAUUGUCCUCUACAAAUCCUUCUGCCUUGCGCGAAACUGUUGUGGAGGUACCAAAUGUUUCGUGGGAUGCCAUUGGUGGGUUGGACAACGUCAAAAGAGAACUUCAAGAGACUGUUUCAAUCCCCGUGGAGCAUCCAGAGAUGUUUGAGAAAUUUGGCAUGUCGCCUUCUAAAGGCGUUCUCUUUUAUGGACCGCCUGGCUGUGGGAAAACCCUUCUCGCCAAGGCAAUUGCCAGCGAAUGUCAGGCCAACUUCAUCAGUAUCAAAGGACCCGAGUUGCUAACAAUGUGGUUUGGAGAAAGUGAGGCCAAUGUGCGCGAGAUAUUUGACAAGGCUCGCCAAUCUGCUCCUUGUGUUCUCUUCUUUGAUGAGCUAGACUCGAUUGCAACUCAGCGUGGAAAUUCUGUGGGAGAUGCCGGUGGUGCUGGAGACAGAGUCUUGAACCAACUUCUAACUGAAAUGGAUGGAAUGAAUGCAAAGAAAACCGUCUUUAUCAUUGGGGCAACAAACAGGCCAGAUAUUAUUGACCCGGCAUUGCUCAGGCCUGGACGUCUUGACCAACUUAUCUACAUCCCACUCCCAGAUGAGGCUUCGCGCCUUCAGAUUUUUAAAGCAUGUUUGCGCAAGUCCCCCAUCUCUAAGGAUAUUGACCUAGCAGCUCUUGCCCGUUAUACGCACGGUUUUAGUGGUGCAGAUAUCACUGAGAUAUGUCAACGUGCCUGCAAAUAUGCCAUCAGAGAAGACAUUGAGAAGGAUAUUGAGAGGGAAAGAAGAAAGAAUGCUAACCCCGAAGCCAUGGAAGAAGAUGAAAUUGAUGAGGUAGCCGAGAUCAAGCCAGCACACUUUGAGGAAUCGAUGAAAUAUGCCCGAAGAAGUGUGAGUGAUGCGGACAUCAAGAAGUACCAGCUAUUUGCUCAGACUUUGCAGCAAUCUCGUGGGUUUGGAUCCGAAUUUCGAUUUCCUGCUCAACAGACAGAGAACAAUGCAGGAGAAGCUGCUCUAUCCCCAUUUUCUUCAGCCGCGGUUGCUGGAGAGGAAGCUGAUCUCUAUGAUUGAGAACUACACCAAUGCCCUUUAGAUAAUUUAGGCAAAUGUUUUAGCUUUGAGGUUAUAUUUUGAUGCGGAAGAACUGUAAAUUUCAAGGUAAUUAAAUAUUUAAAUUUGAGGUUAUAUUUUCUUAUGCUAUAAAAUUUUGGAUGAA